AUGGUGACCACAAGAAAUCGAACUAGCAACGUGGACGGAGGAAGAAUGGUAGAUGAUCAAGCAGAUACGAGGGAGAUGAUCAGGGCGAUGCAACAAAGGAUGGAUGAAAUGCAGAGGAACUAUGAGGUGCAGAUGCAAGUCUUGCGAGAGGAGAACGCCGCCCUUCGACGAAAAGAGGAGGGCAUCCCUUCGACCCCUACCGUGCCCGAUCCGCUCAAACUGAGCCAGGCACAACAACACCGGGAAGCCGAGCGGGUGGAAAGUCGUCUGCCUCCCACAGGACAAGAGCAAUCACAGACCCCGCGGGUGAAAAAGACGCAGGCAUCGAGGGGAAACAUCUCUCACAUGAUGGCCGAGAGCUUCGGGGCCAACGAGGGAGGUCACCCUUCCCGACAACCGAUCCACGCGUCGGGGAAUUUCCCCUUCACCCAAUUCAUAUUGGAGACCCCGUUGUCGGAGAGAUGGAAGAUGCCGACGUUCGACAAGUAUGACGGGACGACGAACCCUAACAACCAUAUGCGGGUGUUCACCCACCAGAUGAUGUUCCAUGCAGUAAGCGACCCGAUUUGGUGUCACGUUUUCUCGACCUCCAUGACGGGAGAGGCGUUGGAGUGGUUCUCUAAGCUGCCGACCAAAAGCAUCGACUCCUUCGCCACUCUGAAAGCCAGGUUCAACACGCAGUUUGCCCCCCUGAGGCCAGCUAUCCUGACGGUAGAUAACUUGGUAAACAUCCGACAGAAAGAUGGGGAGUCAUUGAGGAGUUAUCUUGAUCGAUACAACCGUAUGUCGGUCAAGAUAAAGGACAUCAGCGAUGAAAUCACUCGGCAUCACUUCUUGUACGGACUGCAGCCGGGUGUGUUUGCAGACAAGAUAAGCCGCAAGAAGCCGAAGACGAUGGAGGAGAUGAGGGAACGAGCAGCCAAGUUCAUCCAGAUGGAAGACAUGCAGGAGUUUAGGGUGAAGAAGAGGGAGAAGGAAGAUGCUGCUUCACAUAAAAGCGCCCCCCGACCGAGCAAACCCCUUGCUCGGCCCAACGAUAAGAAAACGCCCAAGUUCACAACAUAUACCCCUUGGCCGUCCCCCGAGCGAAGAUCUUAA